GGAGGCAUAGAGUUUGAAGGUCCAGCACUAAGAGGAAGGGAUGGGGAUUGAAAAAUUACCAUGGCAUUUUCUUACUCACUGCUUUUGGCUUGGAGUGAUGGGAGUUGAUGCCUCGUCGUGGACUGCUGAGGUGCCCAAGUCCGUCUCCGGCCUACAGGGCUCAUGCAUCGUGAUUCCCUGCUCAUUCAACUACCCAGAACCAGAGAAGAAGUCCUCCAAAAUAACUGGCAUCUGGUUCAAAGACACACAUGAGGUUAUAUACSACCCAGACAGCUCCAYRAUCAUCAAAGACUACAGGGGUCGUACAGAGCUGGUGGGAGAUCUCCGGCAGAAGAACUGCUCUCUCAGAAUCGACCCCCUCCAUCACAGUGACAAAGGACCCUUUCAUUUCAGGAUUGAAAUGGAAGACCAUAACAAGUAUACAUACAAAGAUGACACGGUCUCCAUUGCAGUGAGCAGCUCUCCAGACCCCCUCUCUCUYUCAGUGAGGGAYGAGGUGAAGGUGGGGGAAGUGGUUUCUGCCUUCUGCUCUGUGUCUCACUCCUGCCCAUCUGAUUCCCCUCUCCUCACCUGGAGCCACUCCGGAACACACAGUGUCCAAUCACAGCAGCUGACCAAUGCCCAGUGGCAAGUGACGUCAUCCCUGACCUUUAGCCCCAGCAGCACUGAUCACAACCAGUCUCUGGUCUGCACAGCAGAACACAGGGGAGGGAAGACAGUGAAAAGGUCCAAAACUCUCAAUGUCAAAUAUGCCCCAGUGGAUGUGAAGGUUGAGGAAGUGUCCAGUGUGAAGGAAGGAGACUCUGUAGAGCUGAGAUGCUCCAGUGACAGUAACCCUGCUGCACACAGCUACAGAUGGCACAACAGCAGAGGACCUCUGCCCACCACGGGACCUACCAUCACACUGGAGAAUGUGACCAGACUCACUGAAGCCCUCUACUGCACUGCCAUCAACUCAGAGGGACAAGGCCACUCCAGCUCACUGAAGCUCAAUGUAGAGUACCCCCCUGAGAUCAAAGUGGUGCUGCAGGGCACCACCCAGUUCCAACGGCCAGGUUUCAGCCGGCCUACUCCACCAUUCAAGACCAAGUCCCACGCCAUCACCUAA